AUGAAACAACUAGGAGAACAAUAUCCUUUGAUAAGUCCGAAGAGACCUAGGAGAAAAGGAGGGCUUUCCAUCGCGACUUACGUUGCUGUUUUGACGUUGAUGGCAUACGGGUGCAUACGGUACGUACCCAAAUAUAUUUUAUCAGGGGGAUGGUAUCAAGCUCACAAUGAUGUUGUCGAUGGGUUUGACCGUGGAGAAGCUAUAGAAGUGCAUACGGAUGGAACUACAUUCGAAUUGAAGCAUAUAUUCCACCGGGGAACGGGAUCACAUAAUCAUCGGGUUCAUCGUAGGUUGGAUAUAACGCAGGAGUAUCUUGAAGCCCAUAACGAGGAAUUGGAGGAGCUUACAACAAUGGAGACAGAAGAGGUUGAUGAGAAUAAUCUACAAGAAGUUUACGAUGCUUACGACUGGCCCCAGGCGCACAAGGGCAAGAAUCCGUGGACCAUCAAACUACCAAUCAGACAGUCAGUUACUAAAGGAGUAGUGAAGAGGUUGAAGGAGCGUCAUACACCUAAUUUCUUGGACUCGUAUUUGGCAUAUGCAUUAUCCGUGAAGGGUAAUCCAGCACUUUUGAACAAGAUUGAUCUCGAGUGGGAGGAAGAGCACGAAAUACCGAUUCCUGACGUCAAGGACCGAGACACGGUGGUGUCGUUGGCUACGAUUUCGUCGAAUGCAUACGUUAAGUUUCCUAAGGAUGACAAGGAAAAGAAGAGACUGGAUUGGAUUGACGUGGGCGAUCCGUGGGUGCCAGACGAAAACCAUACCGAUAUUAACUUUGGAUGGGCUGACGAUGGACUUCGUGGUCACGUAUUUGUGAGUACAGACAACAAGACAGUGGUGAUUGGAAUCAAGGGUACAUCGGGAGCAGGGCUUAUUGGUACAGGACCAGAAGAAACUACUGCCAACGAUAAGUUGAACGAUAACUUACUUUUUCUGUGCUGCUGUGCCCGUGUGGGCUAUAUGUGGACCACUGUGUGUGACUGCUACCAGAAGGCAUACACCUGCGACCAAGACUGCCUCGAGAAGGAGCUCAUGCGCCAGGAUCGUUACUACCAGGCGACGCUCGACUUGUAUCGUAAUGUGUCAAGUCUCUACGACCCACUGACCACCAACAUCUGGGUCACAGGGCAUUCACUUGGGGGUGCUUUGGCAUCACUUGUGGGUAGAACAUACGGGCUACCAGCCGUAGCAUUUGAGGCCCCUGGCGAGAUGCUAGCCACUCGUCGCCUUCAUCUUCCCCAGCCUCCAGGGCUUCCCAAGCACUUGGAAAAUAUCUGGCAUUUCGGUAACACGGCCGAUCCUAUCUACAUGGGGGUGUGUAACGGCGUCUCCAGCUCGUGCAACGUUGCCGGGUAUGCAAUGGAAACUGCCUGUCACACCGCACACCAAUGCGUGUAUGAUGUCGUGACUGACAAAGGAUGGCGGGUGAAUCUUCUCAACCACCGUAUCCACACUGUCAUCGAUGACAUUAUCCUCGCUUACAACGAUACACCUCCAUGUGUGCAACAACCUCCAUGCCGAGACUGCUUUAACUGGCGAUUCACCUCUUCCGACGACAAUAAGAAUGAUGAGCCGUCGUUACCCAAUCCGUUGCACCCAAAACCACCUUCCACGGUAUAUUCUUCGAAUAUGCCCCAUGCACAAUCGCCUAAUGCAUCUCGUCCGCUCAGUACCCUCUGUACAGAGUCUUCCUGCACAUCCUCCUUCCAAUCAGUGUCGUCCUUAUUCUCAAGCCUUCUUCCAAGUCAUCCUUCGAAAAAUCCUCACCGAUGCUUGCGUAGAACAUGGUACGGUCGUUGUACCAAAUGGGACACAAUAGCGUAG